AGAGAACCACCCUGAUCUUCUGUUGUACCAUUUAUGUUGUGUUCUUGUUGUUGCAGCUUCUGAAAUGUUUUUGUCUGCCAUUACAUCGUGUGUGAGUGAGGCAGUGUCAUCCAGUCAAAGUAAAAUAUCACUUAGAAAUACGAACUAGCAAUAAUGUGUGUGGAUGUAAUAAUGUUAUCUGGAAUAUAAAAAUGCUGUUAAUGUAUAUACACUUCUGUGAUAUUUCUUUUUUAAACUAGAAGGACACAAUUAGACACAAACAGGAAGUUGUAAAUAUAUAUAGAGUGGUGUUUAUGACUGUCAAGUGACAGUUUAAUAAGUUGCUAUCACUUCAUGUGUUCACUGUGACUACAAUGUCCUUAUGAAAAUACUCAUCGAAAUUCCUUUUAAUGUACACUGUAGUGUACCCUUAGUAGACCAGCCCAUCGGCAGACUUCAAAGCAGUAGUGUAUACCUGGACUGAACUUGACAUAGGACCCCAUGUUCGAGUGCUCGCCCCUGCUAGGUGCAAAGCGCUACACACCUGUCUAGUCCGACAUACCUGUAGUCCUACCUGUCAAGUCCUAUGCACGUUCUGCCUGAGAGAUCUGGGACACCUUUCCUCUAUCAACGGCGUGACCUGUGACCCAGAGCGUCGUCUGGCUAUAAGUUAGUUGCUGGUAAUCAUGCUUUGCUGCAUAUCGCCCUCUGUGACCCUUCCGACCCCGACACCCACCUGACGGCACCUGCCUGAGUACAGCUUGUGGGGGACGGCACCUCCUUUCCUGACAGGGACCUCUCAUCACUAAAGUCACUGCCACAGAUCCGCUGCCUUGUAGGUGUGUGGUGACAGUACCUGCCUGUUGGUGUUGGUGUUGGUGUUGGUGUUGGUGUUGGUGUUGGUGUGCUUAUUCUCAGCAUUUUUGGACGACAGUGAAGCCAUGGCCGCCAGAGAUCGGAACACCAGGAGUUUUCCAAGCAGUGCAUUUGAAUACUGACUGGACAGCUUGGCAAAAGAAAGGUGUGUAAUUUCCAUAGCAAAGGAAGGUGUUUACUGUCUCGCUAGCCGAGUGCAAGAUGAAACCAACGCUGAAGAAGCUUGCUGCAGUCGUUGUGAUCUCCACCACAAUGACCUUUGUCCUUCAUUUUUACCUCGUCAGCGUUCCCGGCAAUGGCAAGUCUGUGGUCACCCCAGUGUCCGAGCUUCCAAAUGGGAAAGUAAAGCAAAGAGCCGGCAGACGACCAGAGCGAGCAGCUGCUGACACAGUUGUAGAGGACAGGCGAGGUAGAGAGACCAGGAGGAGGCCAGGUGAGAACUCACACGUGCUGGACAAUGUAGUAGACCACGUGGUGGAGAAAGGUACUGCCCAGCUCCGGCCUCGAGGUGAGCCCAAGAUCAACGACACUGACAAGACGUUUGAUCACAAAGUGCGCAGCGGGAGGGAGGUGGUGAAGAGAUUGAAGGAGGCGAACCAAGGAAAUUCUGUGACUAACCGACCAGCAGUCAGAAGAUUCAGAGAUUCCGAAUCAACAGCUGUUAACAAAUCGUCUGGCUUAACACAGCGGCCCGUAAUUGCUAGAGGAACACGCAUGACUGCAACAAGAAAUAAGCAACAAGACAAGGUGGCCAUCGAAACCCGACCUUCAGCGGGUAAACAUUUAAGAAAUGCAACAAAUUUGAAACAAAAUAUUUCUUCUGUAAGAGGUUUACCCCAGCAAAGUGUUGGUAAAAGAAACAACACUAGAGCGGGAAGCAAGUAUCUUAUUUACCUCUGCGACUCAAGAAAGCCGUGUGGAGGCUGGGGCGAUCGCCAGCGCGGGAUAGUCAACACGUAUCUACUGGCCAACGUGACGUCACGACGCUUCGGCAUCAACAUGACGUUCCCUUGUGACGUGCGACAGUUCUUCCAGCCCAAAGACGUCAACUGGACCAUCAGCGAAGCCGAGGUUGCCGGGAAGUCUGUCCGUGUCAUAGAUGCCGUGGACAGCGGGACGUUCCAGCACGUGCUUCUGACCAUCGACUUCAACGAGGUGUACCCCGAGGACGUGGUGUUUCUGAGAACCAACGUGGAGCACUACUGGCCCAUUCGGUCAAAUGUCUUCUACAAGAAGCUGCUUCCUCCGUGGGCCCAGCAUGGCCGCCCGGAAAUGUUCCGCAGAGGAUGGAGCAUUUUGAUGAACCCAACCAAACACAUGCAGGAUCACGUUCACUACGUCCUCCAGGAGUGCUCCUUCUUCAAUAAAACCUCGCCUUUCGUGUGUGCGCAUGUCAGAAUAGGAAUCAGCAAGUCCAACCCACGAGAUUCAGAGAAAAGAAAUGACAUCAUGUCUUUAGGUGCAUUGUGGGAGUUUGUGGGCAAAUACAUCAAAAAUGGCAGCCACUUCUUUCUGGCGACAGACUCCUCGGACGUUCGAGAACAUUCCAGAAAGAUGUUUCAUGCUGCGCAUCACGACACAGGGGGCAGGAUUCUGCACGUUGACAAGCAAGGGUUGAAUAAAGAUGCGUGCUUAGGGUUUGAGUCUGCCUUGCUUGACCAGCUAGUGCUGCUGCACUGUGACAUCCUGGUGACCACCAACAGCAUGUUCAGCUACAGGGCCGCCCUCAUCCGGGGCACCAACAACGGCCUGUACCACUUCGACAAGGGCAAGUUGCAGCCUCGGGUGUUGCACUGACUGUGAUGACAGUGUGUUAGCUAUACUGUAGACUUCACUGGGCACCAAGCUAUACCAACAGUGAACUAUACCCCUGAGGUCUGGCUAAACUCCAGCUGAGUGUUGCAUUUACCGAAACUAAAUCCUCAAACACUUUAAAAAUCUGAUAUGUAUAUUGUUACCUGAAGCUGUUAACAUUGUGUUCUAAAUAUAUGUGUGAUGUGUGAAACUUUUUUUAUAUGAGGUUGUUAUUGGAAAAGUGAUUAACAAUUAUGUUAUGUCGGAUUUUUCUCUGUGUAUUGUUGACAACAUCUAUGAGGAGAGUCCCGUGUCUGCACAGGAGGAAUGCACAAUCCUCAGUCCACUCAUUCCAGAAAUUUCGUCUGGAGAUGUAUGCAAAUUGUAGUCUUAGCUUGUACAUAUUUCUAAUUUUCGAGUGAGUUCUGAAUUUAAAUUUGCUCAUUGAACUGUUGAUAGCCGAAGCCUGUGACAGGGAGGUCAUGAGGGCAACUCUGUGUUUACUUCACAGACUUCACAGACAUACAAGUCAGUGGUUCACUUCCCGUCUAUCUCUUGAAAUUCCUCGAACAUGUUGAACUGGUUAAGCUGUUGUUUCAUGUUGUUGUUGCUUCUUUUGUUAUUGCUUCAAUUUAUCAUUGAAAAUUAUUUGUUUUCAGUAAAACGGUGACUCAUUUUAAGUGUAUUUAGGGUCCUUCAACAAAAAUACAAAAUUAGUUUUUGUUUGUGAUAUGACCCUUCACCCUUGCAUAAUUUGUGUUUGUGGACAGUCACUGGGUAUCUCGUAUACAGAGCUUUGCUAUACACUCUUCACACACCCUGCAGAUCACGCCCUACCUCCCCCCAUCUGUCUCAAACACACAUCAGACAUAGAGGGAGAGAUAAGGCAUGAUUCCCUUCGUGGUAGAGAGAGAGAGAGCAGGUAGAUUACCAGUAGAAAUAAAUAAAGAAGAGUUGGGUCCCACACACCUGUACAGCAGACACCGGCUAAUACCAUCGCCAGGACAGCUAAGGACGCAAUGACCUGUCAAUCUGUGCUCACAUGGUUGUGAGCGUGUGUGCAUGAACGCUAGAGAGUGUGUGUGUCACUGAGAUUUGUAACUUGUUUAUGUGUGGCUGUGGCAGACGACAGUUAUAAAAGCCUAUAAACGCUGUGAGGACGGGCGGAGGUGACGAGGCCGACACACCGCGACCUUCUGACCCGACCUCUCCAUGGCGUCGGCUUCUGUAGGGAGGGUCAGGUCGGCCCUCAGUCCCCUUCAAUCUUUUGUCCCACAUGCAUGGGGGAAAUGUUUAAAUGAAUCAAAGAGCAUUCGCAUACAAAUAGCGGACACUGUUCACAAAGACUGUUAUAAAGACUCUGUGCUGUGUGUGACUGCAACAAGAAAAGCCAUGACAUCAAACCUCAUGUUGGUGGAAUUCCUUUCCGAAAAGACCUGACAAUAAUUAUGGUCGUUUCCAGAUUUCUCUACUUCAUUUUGCCGAUAACAAAUGAGAAGAAGGGGAUGUAACAGAAGUCUUCGUUUGCCAGAAGAUACCGAGUGUUUGAUAAAUUAUUCUAAUUAAUAUUGUUUAAUGAAUUAAUUUGACUGUUGCAUAAUAAAAUUUUGUUUUUGUU